AUGCCGGAGGCUCCUGCCCGUAACCCGCUCGAAAGCUUUCUGAAUGCCGUAAAGGCAACCAUCGAUUCACCCGUAACAUGGUUCCGUGAGAAAAUCGUCGAACCUAACCGGCAAACGUACCCGUGGUACCAUCAGAAGUUCCGCCGUGUGCCGACCAUCGACCAAUGUUACACCGACGAUGCGGUGUGCAUGUUCGAGGCAAACCAACAGUUUAGGCGCGACAAGAUGGUCGACAAUGAAAUCCUUUCCAUCUUGCGCCAACGUUUCGAGGACUGUGUGCUGUACGAGCAGCCGGACCACGAGCGCAAGUGUCGUUCGCUGCUGAACACGUACGAGAAGGCGUCCGAGAACUGGUUUAUCAAGUAUGGAGAUCUCGGUGGUUAUGCGAAUGCGAAGACGGCCUACAUGAAGCAGAAGCAUCGCAUGAUCUGGGAAAGACGACAUGGACCGGUGGGUAGCGGUAUGAAAACGGUCCCUGGAGAGGAUGAUGAUGCCAGCGGACAUUAG